CGUCCCAGCUUUGGCGUGGCCGAGCUUGCGCGUGACCUCCGAAACCGUGUUCUUGACGCUCUGUGUAUGCUCGGCUACGAGGCGGAAGACGAGAUGGAAGAAGACCAUGCCGAUACCCUCAAUGCCCACGGUUCGAACGUACGCACGGAACAACCUGCUGGUCUGUUGUCAGAAGAAGUUCGGGUUCGUCGCCCAGGCAGGAAAAAGGGCUCG